CAAGUGACUCACUUCACGUUCUUCCUUUCCUUCCUCAUGGCAACUGUCUGAUUGGUGACGUUUAUUUUCUUCAAUUUUUAAGUUGGAGAAUUAAUAGAAGGCAGACAAAAUGUCCAGAAGAAAGGGACUCGAGGAGUCAGAUAAACUCACCCGUAUCGCUAUCGUGAACGCGGACAAGUGCAAACCGAAGAGAUGUAGGCAGGAGUGCAAAAAAUCCUGUCCGGUGGUCAGAUUAGGAAAACUUUGCAUUGAAGUUAGUCCCAACAGUAAAAUUGCUACUAUUUCCGAGGAGCUUUGCAUAGGUUGUGGUAUAUGUGUUAAGAAAUGCCCGUUCGAAGCUAUUGCUAUUAUUAAUUUACCGAGCAAUUUGCAAAAAGAAACCACUCACCGAUACGGAAAGAAUUCCUUCAAGCUGCACCGAUUGCCUAUACCUAGACCAGGCGAAGUUCUAGGUUUAGUAGGCACAAACGGAAUAGGAAAAUCCACUGCCCUUAAAAUCCUCGCCGGCAAGCAAAAGCCCAAUUUGGGAAGAUUUAUGGAUCCUCCCGAUUGGACUGAAAUUUUGAGUCACUUCCGAGGUAGUGAGCUCCAAAAUUACUUCACAAAAAUCCUGGAGGAUGACCUAAAAGCUUUGAUCAAGCCCCAAUACGUCGAUCAAAUUCCCAAAGCAGUAAAAGGCACCGUCAGUGCUUUGCUGGACAGAAAGAGCGAAUUAGAUAAUUUGAACGACAUCUGCAGAAUGCUGGAUUUGAUGAACAUCAAAGAACGUGAAAUAUCGGCCCUAUCCGGAGGAGAACUCCAAAGAUUCGCUUGCGCUAUGGUGUGCAUCCAAGAUGGGGAUAUUUUCAUGUUCGACGAGCCCUCAUCGUAUUUGGAUGUUAAGCAAAGAUUAAAUGCUGCCAGGACUAUUCGUUCUUUAUUGCACCCCAGCAAAUUCAUUAUUGUGGUAGAACAUGACUUGAGUGUUCUCGAUUACCUUUCCGAUUUCAUCUGUUGCCUUUACGGUGUUCCCGGAGCUUACGGGGUAGUUACUAUGCCAUUCUCUGUUCGUGAAGGUAUUAAUAUAUUUUUGGAUGGAUUCGUGCCGACGGAGAAUCUGCGUUUCCGCGAUGAAUCUUUAGUGUUCAAGGUUGCUGAAUCUGCGAACGAAGAGGAAAUAAAGCGUAUGAACCAUUACGAGUACCCUACCAUGACGAAAACUAUGGGCGCUUUCGAAUUGAAGGUAGUCCAAGGGCAGUUUUCGGACUCGGAAAUAUUAGUAUUGCUCGGUGAAAAUGGUACUGGAAAAACUACGUUUAUCAGAAUGCUGGCUGGUAAUUUAGUACCAGAUUCCGGAUCAGAGAAUUUACCUCAAUUACAUAUAAGUUAUAAACCGCAAAAAAUUAGUCCUAAAUCGCAAGGUUUAGUUAGACAGUUGCUGCAUGAGAAAAUCCGCGACGCCUACGUCCAUCCUCAGUUUAUAGCCGACGUUAUGAAACCAUUAAAAAUUGAGGAUAUAAUUGAUCAAGAAGUUCAGAAUCUGUCCGGUGGUGAAUUGCAAAGGGUCGCCCUGACCCUUUGCUUAGGCAAACCGGCCGAUGUCUACCUAAUCGACGAACCUAGCGCCUAUUUAGAUUCAGAACAACGUCUGGUCGCUGCUAAGGUCAUAAAGAGGUUUAUUAUCCACGCGAAGAAAACGGGCUUCGUGGUCGAGCACGAUUUCAUUAUGGCUACCUACUUGGCCGAUCGAGUCAUAGUUUUCGAAGGGUCACCUUCCGUUAAGACGACGGCCCACACUCCGCAAACGCUCUUGGCCGGAAUGAAUCGCUUCUUGGAACUGCUGGGCAUCACUUUCAGGCGCGAUCCCAACAAUUUCAGGCCGAGGAUUAAUAAAUUGGAAUCCGUGAAAGACGUCGAUCAGAAGAGAUCCGGGCAGUAUUUCUUCUUAGAAGAGUAACUUGUUUUAUUAUUUUUUUUUGGAACGCGAAUAUCUAAUCAUUGGUUGCGAUUGUUUAAUUUAUGGAUUGUAUUCACUUUAAUUACAAAUAAAUGGACAUUACAAUUUUG